UGCACGCCUUUUAACGUCAGUACUCCCCUAGGAGUAGAGUAAACUCAGUUCAGUUACGCUGUGUGCACUGCUGUCACAGUAGCCUUUUUACGACAUAACAUCGCUGUCGUUUUAGGCGCAUAUGUUGGAUUUUAAUGUCAGAAAACCAAGGGAAAUUAAUUUGUUUUUAUCAAGCUUCAGUAUAGUCCAGUAACGUUACAUAUAAUAUUGCAUCCGAGUUUAUCGAAUAAAUACGAUUUAGAAAGAAAUGGAGGGGGUCUUCCACGAAGAUUUGGCAGCCUUGUCAGAUUUGGAUGAACAAAGUUUGUUGGAAUCCCUGAGUCAACGGUUCAAACAAGAUCGCAUCUAUACCUACAUUGGGGACAUCUUGGUGGCCAUAAAUCCAUUUAAAUACCUCCCUCUCUAUGUGAAAGAGGUGUCAGAGAGGUAUAAGUACCAUGAGAAGAGCAAGCUACCUCCUCAUAUAUUCGCUGUGGCAGACAGGGCCUACCAGUCCAUGAUGGGAAGGUUAGCCACGGGACCCCGAAACCAAUGCAUUGUUAUCAGUGGGGAGAGUGGAGCAGGGAAGACCGAGAGCACCAAGCUGCUGCUCAGACAGAUCAUGGAGCUGUGCAGAGCCAACUCACAGCUGGAGCAACAGAUACUACAGGUGAAUCCUCUGCUGGAGGCCUUUGGCAAUGCCCAGACUGUGAUGAAUGACAACAGCAGUCGCUUCGGGAAGUACAUUCAGCUGCGCUUCCACAACUCCUCAGUAAAAGGAGCUAAGAUCAACGAGUACCUCCUGGAGAAGUCUCGUGUGGUCCACCAGGAUGAGGGCGAGAGAAACUUCCAUAUCUUCUACUGCAUGCUGGCGGGCAUCUCCCCGGACGACAAAGACAUGUAUGGACUCCUGGACCCCACGCAGUACAGGUAUCUGAAUGGGCGGUACGGCUCUGAGGACAUAGUCAGGAAAUGGGGGGAGAAGUACAGUGAAGUGUGUAACGCAAUGGACAUGGUGGGAUUUCAGGAACAGGAGAAGGUAGACAUGAUGACUAUCCUGGCAGGGAUCCUGUCUUUGGGAAACAUCAUGUUUGAGCCCACAGAGACCGACGUGCUCAGGGUCACUGGCAAGUCCAUGGGCUGGCUCAAAGCCACAGCCGGUCAGUUUGGGGUGCAGGAGGAGGAGUUGCUGAGGAGUCUGACCUGUACUCUGUCUGUGACGAGAGGAGAGGCCAUCCGCAGGCUGCACAACCAGCAGCAGGCCGAGGAUGCCAGGGACUCCAUUGCCAAAGUGGCUUAUGGGAGAGUAUUCGGCUGGAUUGUCAGUAAAGUUAACGAACUGCUGGCUCCCAACGUUGACUUUGAUGUUGAGCUGAAUGAAAUAGGUAUCCUUGACAUUUUCGGGUUUGAGAAUUUUGCCGUGAACCGUUUUGAGCAGCUCUGCAUCAACCUGGCCAAUGAACAGCUGCAGUACUUCUUUAACCACCACAUCUUUCUGAUGGAGCAGAAUGAAUACAAGGAGGAGGGCAUCGAGUGGGAGACGAUCUCCUUCAAAGACAACAAGCCUAUCCUGGACCUGAUCCUUACUAAACCUAUUGGGAUACUUUCUCUCCUGGAUGAGCAGAGUGCCUUUCCUCAGGCGUCAGACAGAGACUUUGUGGACAAGUUGAACAGUAAAUUUAAAAGCAGUCCACACUAUGAGGUGGUCCGGAGUCGCAGCCCCCUCUUCACUGUGGUUCACUAUGCUGGGAAGGUCCAGUAUAAUGGAGGAGGCUUCCUAGAGAUGAACAGAGAUACCAUCCCAGCCAGCAUCAGAGACCUCUUCAUCAACAGUGUCACCCCUCUACUCAGUGUCCUCUUCGCCGCCACAAUCUCCAGGACAGGGACCUUGAUGCCACGCAAAGCAAAGGUCAUGCAAAAGGCAGAUGACAACUUUAACUCAACUAGGAAACAGUCGGUGGGGGCCCAGUUUAAGCACUCUCUGGCUGUGCUGAUGGAGAAGAUGUUUGUGGCCAGUCCUCACUUUGUUCGCUGCAUCAAACCUAACGGCAACAAGCUUCCUGACCAGGUGGACAACAAAAGGGUCAUGGACCAGCUAAGAUACAACGGCCUGCUGGAAACCAUCAGGAUACGAAGAGAUGGCUUCUCCUGGCGACCCUCAUUCAAAGAAUUUGCUCAGAGAUAUAACAUUCUGCUGAUCAAGCCAGAUUUACCUCUAACCAAGGAAAGCUGCUUGUCCAUCCUCAACACUACUGAGAUACAUGGCUGGAAGUGUGGGUCGUCUCGUCUGUUCUUUAAGUACUGGCAUCAGGAGGAGUUGUCCAGGCUGUUGGAGAGACUGGGGACAGCAGCACUUGUCAUCCAGAAAAACUACCUCUCUCUGCGCUACAGGAGGAAGUACCUGUCCCUACUGUUGGAGGUGAGCAGACAGAGGCAGGCUCAGAGAGAGAGGGAGGAGGAGCUGGAGGAGGAGAACAAGAGGCCCGUCUCUCCACCCGUGCCCCUACCCAGGAGGAAGAAGCCUCAGCCCCGGCCUCGCUCCAUCAUGCCCACAGCUGCCCACCUGGCCCCUGUCCCCCGGCCCCGCAACAAACAGUUUGAGGCCACUCCCUUUGACAACCUAGAGGUCCACAGUGAGCUGGCUGAGCUGAUGGGCCAGGUAGGGGGAGAGGAGCGGGCCAGGGAGAGGAGCAAGAAGAGGAUGGACAACAUCCGCUGGUUCAAGGAGACGCAGGCCCGCAAGGUGGUCCGCAACGGUGCCUUCCCCUGCUGGUUCCACGGCAUGAUAACACGUAGACAAGCGGAGGAUCUGAUGACGGACAAGCCUGUAGGCUGCUUCCUGAUUCGUGUAGGACAGAGCCGGGAGGGCUACACACUAACAUACAAGGGGGCGAACCGCUGUAGGCACUACAUGAUCGAGAUGCAGUCCAACGGGAAGUAUGUGAUCCUGGGGGAGGAUAAAGCCCACCCCUCCCUGCCUGACCUGGUGCAGCACCACAGCCGGGUGGGCAUCAAGCCCUUCAAUGAGCUGCUCACCACCUCCUGUGGACAGACAUGUGACCACAACACAGACUACGAGGACUUGAAGGGCCUGGAUCACCUGGCUGUGGUCGACCGCAGGAGCACCGUGUCUGGGGAAGAGGAGGGCGAGUCGAGCCCGAAUCAGGUCCACCUGGAGUUCCAGCGGCUCUUCCUGCCGCCGGGGCAGAACCCCGACCUGGAGGCCCAGAGAUCCCCUGUGCUCAGGCGGAUAUCUGACCGCAGACACCGGGCAGAGGCUGAAGGAGGAGGGGAGGCCCUGGGAGGGAAGCUCAGGGAUGGGGAGAGAGGAAGAGCGUGGAGAGAUGAGGGCGAGCGGGACCGCAGGAGCAGGCCCUUUCCCCGGUUGUAUCCUUCCAUCCGAUUGGCUAUGAGGGAGAUCCAACAGCACUUUUCAGAUGUCCAGGAACAGAGCCCCGCUGUCUCUCACAGUACAUCCAAACCCUCCUGGAGGAGGACAGAUUCAUAACCCAUGUGAUGGAGGGAGUUCAUUCAAAGCUGCUAUUUGUUGUUUUUGCCCAUCUGAAUGAGUUAACUGGACCUUAUUCUGUCAAGCGUUAACCAGGUUUUUAUAAACAAGUUGUAAGGAGAUACUUCCUUGUUUUACUAGUGUUUUAUUUAGUCACAAUUUUAAUAUAAAUUUGUUUAAGUUUCUGAA